AUCGCCCCUGCCCUCUCUCCGGUCGAUCCAACGGUCGCGACCGCGUCGAGCACGACACCACAUUCAUUCCGCACAAACACAUUCGCUACUGACGAACCACCACAACUAUCAUCAUGCUCUCGCUUGUCGCAGUCUCGACGCUCCUUCUCGGCGCAAACGCGCUCACCCCCUCCAACAUCAUGCGCCGCACCGACGGUUCCCUCACUGGCAUCAAGUACACCGGUGUCGGCGGCUCGGGCAGCUAUCAGGAGGUCACGAACAUGGUCGCGGGUACAUGGCCUUCCUGCACGGCCAACCCUUCGUGUGAACAGUCUCCCAAGGAAGUCAGCGGCAACCUGGCUCCCUUCGAUGAUGAGAUAACCGUUGCGUUCCGUGGACCCCUGAAUGUCAAGAACAUCGCCGUUUAUCAGCCGGGCAACAGCUCAGCCGCUACCUGGUCACAGACGAGUUCCUGGGCUGCAGGCGGUGACACCAACAACCUCGUUUUCAUGAACAACAUGGGAGGAGGUCUGAGUGGGGAAUGGACCAUAUGUGGCGGCGCUAGCCAGUCGUACGCCAAUGGGACCUGGGACGGUUCUGCCGCCUCCCCCACGACUGGAACCUCGGGCUAUCUUCCUGAGACCAUGGAAAUUAACAUCAUGACGAAUGAAACCUGCGCGGAUAGCGCUUGCAGUGGUUUCUCGCGCGGCACGGCAAACCACGGCUGGUCGGGCUCCAAGCUCAUGGUGCUGACGUUCAACAUGCCCCCGUCGUCCGACGCAAGCAACGUCCCCGCCAUCUGGGCGCUCAACGCACAGGUGGUGCGUGCGGCACAGUACGGCUGCAACUGCCGUGGCGAAGGCGGCAACGGAGGUUGCGGCGAACUCGACAUCCUCGAGGUGAUCGCGGGCAGCGACAUCGACAAUGCCAUCUCCGAGAUCUACUCGUUCAAGGGCGCGACCGGCUCCGGCGCGAGCGCGUUCCCGCGGCCGACGGGUGACGACGUCACGUAUGGCGUGAUCUUCGACGUGCAGAGUGAUACCAUCGCGAUCCAGCAGUUCACGGAGUGGGACUUCACGCAGAACGCGGUGCCGCGCAGCAUCAUCGAGGGCUACCUCGGCGCGUCCGGCGCGAUGGCGGUGUCGUUCAGCUCCAACGCGCGCCGCGCAGACCGCCGCUCGAUCUUCGGUGCGCACCGCCGCCACCACCACUAGAGGCCGCUGCGCCCCUGACCUGACCGCGCGCCGUGUCCAGUGUGGCUCGUGCUCGCGUCCACCCUCUUCUGGUUCUGGCUAGACUAGACGUACUCGUCUCUAUACCUAUACCUUCUAAGUUGUUGUUUUCUCAUACCUUCGCAUCAACGGGUUGACUUAUUUGCCCUUGUUCACGUUCUUCCGCGCGCCAGCCGCCCGCGUGGCGCUCGGCCGCCACGUCUUCCCGCUCGUCGUCUCCUCUGAGCCUAGCUGCUCGCUAUCUGUCGCAUUGCUGCCGCUGUUGUCGUACCUGGUGUAGCCGCCGACUCUGCGGAGAAUGUCCAUUUAGUGUUGUUGUCCGGA